CCUUUCUAGGCAGAAAGAAGAAAGGUGCAAAACAGUCUUCCAGUGCAGGUUCUCCAGGGCUCGAUAAGCCUCUUCGGCUCAAGGAUUUGUAUCAGAGUGUGGAUAAAGUCGGGGGAAAGGAACAGCAUGAUGAGGAAUCCUCAGGAGACAAGGCUAUAUUCAGCUGGGAGAGAGUGCCACCAGCACCACCUAGCCUGCCAGGUCCACCAAGCCCGCCAGCAGUAGAACAAUCGCCUCCAAGAAGGCCCAGCUCAAGAAGAAUGUCCACAACACCACCCCUGUUUGGACCUCCAUCUGCACCUCCAUCCACACCUCCAUCCGUACAUCGGUCUGUACGUCCAUCUGCACCUCCAUCCGUACAUCAGUCUGCACUUCCACCUGUACCUCCAUCUGCACCUCCAUCCUCACCUCCAUCCGUACAUCGGUCCUUACCUCCAUCUGCACCACCACCUGCACCUCCAUCCACACCUCCAUCCGUACAUCAGUCCGUACCUCCAGCUGCACCACCCCCUGCACCUCCGCCUGUACAUGGGAAGUUUGGGUGCAGGAAGCGAGGCGGGAGGAAACGAAGGUGGAAGAAGCGCAACUGAGGAGGGAGAAAGUAGAUAUUGAAAAGACCAACCUUUGUUAUUUUUGUAAAUUAUUAUUGUUGUUGUUGUUACUGUUAUUGUUGUUAUUAUUAUAAUUAAAAAUACAUACUUCUGAAAGACA